AUGAGUUCGAGAUUCGCCGUUGUAGAACAGGGCCCACCGAUUGAGGUUUUCCUGCUGAACAAGCUCUUUACAGACGAUACUAAUAAGAAUAAAGUUAAUUUAGGAGUUGGUGCUUAUAGGGAUGAAAAUGGAAAGCCCUGGGUUUUACCUGUUGUGCGCAAGAUGGAAAAACAGAUGGCUGCGGAUGAGACCCUUUUGCACGAGUACCUUCCUGUACUUGGCCUGGAACAAUUCAGCAAUUCAUCAGUUUCAAUGCUGUUAGGAGAAGACAGUCCAGCAAUCGCAGAAGGAAGGGCUUUUGGAAUUCAAGUGUUGUCAGGAACAGGUGGUCUCCGUGUGGGAGCUGAAUUCCUGAAUAAGCAUCUCAAGUAUACCACAUUCUAUUACUCAAAUCCCACAUGGGAAAACCAUCACCUGGUCUUUGUGAAUUCUGGAUUUACGAAUCCCCGCGUCUACCGCUACUGGGACGACAAGACUUGCGCCAUCAACUUCGACGGAAUGAUAGAGGACCUCAAAAAUGCGCCUGAGAACUCCGUUAUAUUGCUGCACGCGUGUGCGCACAACCCCACUGGAAUCGACCCCACCCAAGAGCAGUGGAUCAAGAUUGCCGACGUUAUGGAGGAGCGCAAAUUGUUCCCGUUCUUCGACAGCGCUUACCAGGGCUUUGCAUCUGGUGAUUUAGACCGAGACGCCUGGGCCGUGCGUUACUUUGUAAAGCGAGGUUUCGAGCUGGUCUGCGCCCAAUCUUAUGCGAAGAACUUUGGACUCUACAAUGAGCGUGUUGGUAAUUUGAGCGUGGUAGUAAGCGAUUCGAAGCUAAUCCCAGCGAUGAAGUCCCAACUGACCUGGGUGGUGCGUGGAAUGUACUCGAACCCACCAGCACACGGCGCCAGGGUCGUCGCCAACGUCCUCUCCGAUAAGAAACUAUUUGAUGAAUGGAGGGAUCACAUCAAGGUCAUGUCAGCCCGUGUCAUGCAAAUGAGAGAAGCGCUGAGAGCCGAACUUGUCAAACUGGGCACACCUGGCAACUGGGACCACAUAGUGAAACAAAUUGGUCUGUUCUCCUACACUGGUCUGACGAGCAAACAGUGCGAGUACCUCAUACAAGAGCAUCACAUUUACCUGCUCAAGUCUGGCCGCAUCAACAUCUGCGGGUUGAACCCAUCCAACGUGCAGUACGUCGCGAGGGCCAUGCACGACGCCAUCACCAAAUUCCCUGCGCAAGAGGACCAACCAUCGAAGUUGUAA